AUGAACUUCUUCAGCAAUGGUCAAGAGGCCCUGUUACCUCGUGCUGAGCGCCUAGAAAGCGAGGAAGAGAUUGCGGUGGAGCAACUGGAUGGCAGCCGUGCAUGGCAAAUCCUUUGGAACAACGCCCUGGAUUUCAUGGUAGUCUUCCGCGGAGACUCGAGCGACAGUGAAAGCCGCGAAAGCGUGGAGAUGCAGCGCUGUUUCCUGCGGAUCAUCAAAGUAUUGGUGGCCGUGGCUGCGUUGAUCGUCGUCCUGGGAGUCUACUUGUGGUGCUCAGCCAUAGAAGCGACCUACGAGUAUAGCAGCAAAGCCUGCGACGUUCCCUUGAACAAAUAUUUGUUCCUUCAGUUGGGCCUCACGUGGCUCAUCAGCAGUUUUAAACUUCAGGACGGCAGUUUGUUGGCUCGUUUGAUCAGCGCCUUCUUCACGUCCAUGCUCAGUUUCACGCCUGUCGCGCUAGGACUGUUUUGGAUCUUUUCUUCCAGAAACUGUCCCAGAACGAAUCCACAACUUUACUACGCAGUAGCUCACUUGUUAUAUUUUGAAGCAGCUGGAAUCUGUGGCAUGGUCGUAUUGGUCCUGUUGAUCGUGGGAUGCAGCCGCGGCCGGUUGACUGUGGAGUUCCAGGGGGCGGGUGGUAUCGAGAGUGGAUGUGCAGAGGUGCAAGCGUCAGGGGCCACCCCUGACGUGGGGGAGCUCUGCGCGCGGAAGCCCGAUCUCAGCCGCGUGGCCACAGCAUUUCCUGGCCACGCCUUUCCACCUACAAUCGAGUUCUUGCAGGAGCACGGCACAACCUUCCACUUGCACCGGGUGAAGGGGCGACGCUUCACUGAUGUCCAUGGCUACAUCGAAGGAGUGGUGAUCGAGGUCACCUCGCUGCACUGUGUGGUCGGCAGCUUUGAGGUCCUCAUGCGGAUUAGUGCUGCGCAUGAAUUCGACCCUGCUGAAAGCCAAAGUUCCUCAGAUUCUAGCUUGUGA